CGCGUCAAACAAAUAUCCUCGCCGACAGCCACCACCACCAUCGUCGUCCUUAAUUGUUCCUGCGUCUUCCACCACCACCACCACCUCCACCACCUGUCAAGCCGAGCGACGAGAAGAGAAGGGAAGAGAGAAGAGAUCGACCAUGGCCGCGGAAGGCGAGAGGUGGGUGGGCCUGGCGGUGGACUUCUCGGAGGGGAGCCGCGCGGCGCUGCAGUGGGCGGCGGACAACCUGCUCCGCUCCGGCGACAACCUGCUCCUCCUCCACGUCCUCAAGGACCCCGACUACGAGCAGGGCGAGACCCUCCUCUGGGAGGCCUCCGGCUCGCCUUUGAUCCCCCUCUCGGAAUUCUCUCACCCUUCGGUCGCAAAGAAAUAUGGGGUGAAGCCUGAUGCUGAAACACUGGACAUGCUCAACACCAUAGCUAAGCAGAAGGAGGUUGCCGUGGUUUCCAAAGUCCUGUUUGGAGAUCCCCGCGAGAAGCUAUGCCAAGCCAUCCAUGACAUGCCCAUCAGCUGCCUGGUCAUUGGGAGCAGGGGCCUUGGCAAGCUCAAGAGGGUGCUCUUGGGCAGUGUCAGCGAUUACGUCGUGAACAACGCCGCGUGCCCGGUCACCGUUGUCAAGCCAGCGAGCACCCAUGCCUGAUCUCGUCAUCGAAAAUAUCCUCAUCUGGUUUAGUUUGUUGAGUCCUAUAUAUCCAGUCAUGGCUGCAACUUAUUGAACCAUGCAGUGUUGUUGUUUGUAAUAAUGAUUGACAAUUAGCCCGCGGAUGAUUCCCAGGUUGUGUAAUCUGUGCAUGUGUCGUGUACGUUUGUGUGCUUCUCUUCAGCCUAACUUUUGCACCGUGAGUCAGUCCGUGCUGCUGUUUGCUGCAUGCGUGAUGUUUAUACAGUUUCUAGAGUCUGAAUAAAACGGAUUCUGCUGUUUUUUGUUA